UAUCAAGUAAAUAUAAACUGCUUAUAAAACUCACUUCACAUUUGUAUGACAAUAAUUGAACUUUUUUCUAACUUGAUAAAGGGAUGGUCUUCACAGAAUGUUUGAUUGUUUUAUGGAUCUGUACGAACACACAAGCUGUAGAAUACCAAAUCGGAGACACCAUUAAACUUCAAUGCAAUCUUCCAGCCUCAUUUACUCAGUUCUCAUGGACAAGGUCGGGGACACUUUUAGCAGAAUAUAAUAAUGUGACCGGUGAAUUAUUUGUCAGCAAGGAUAGUAGAGUAGAGAUCACUCUUCAGAAAGAUGGCAAUUUGGGAAAGUUGAUCAUCAAGGAAAUCACAAGCCACGACACAGGAAACUAUACCUGCACCGCCUACGUUUCUAACGGACCAUCAAUCCACACGCUACUUAAAGUCACUGUUGUCGAGUCAACGAGUACAAAAUUAACCACCGUUGGGACAACUUCUUUCAAAAUGACAACGAAAGAAAAAGGUCCGACUACAGAUUACCGGAACAGUGCAGCGUCCUCAUCUUUUCCUGUUAUGCUGUUUUUGUGUUGUUAUGUUAUGAACAUUUUUUGAAAUGAAAAUGUCAAUAAAUAAAUUUGAAGUCAUA